AUGAUGAUGGACCUUUUCGAAACUGGCUCCUACUUCUUCUACUUAGAUGGAGAAAAUGUCACUCUGCAGCCAUUAGAAGUGGCAGAGGGCUCUCCUUUGUAUCCAGGGAGUGAUGGUACCCUGUCCCCUUGCCAGGACCAAAUGCCCCAGGAAGCCGGGAGCGACAGCAGUGGAGAGGAACAUGUUCUGGCUCCCCCGGGCCUACAGCCUCCCCACUGCCCAGGCCAGUGUCUGAUUUGGGCUUGCAAGACUUGCAAGAGAAAAUCUGCCCCGACAGAUCGACGGAAAGCAGCUACACUGCGCGAAAGGAGGAGGCUAAAGAAAAUCAAUGAGGCCUUUGAAGCACUGAAGCGUCGGACUGUGGCCAACCCCAACCAGAGGCUGCCCAAAGUGGAGAUUCUGCGGAGCGCCAUCAGCUACAUCGAGCGUCUCCAGGACCUGUUGCACCGGCUGGAUCAACAAGAGAAAAUGCAGGAGCUCGGGGUGGAACCCUACAGCUACAGACCCAAGCAAGAAAUUCUGGAGGGUACAGAUUUCCUGCGCACCUGCAGCCCCCAGUGGCCAAGUGUUUCAGAUCAUUCCAGGGGGCUCGUGAUAACUGCUAAGGAAGGGGGAGCCAGCGUGGAUGCUUCAGCGUCCAGCAGCCUUCAGUGCCUUUCCUCCAUCGUGGACAGUAUUUCCUCAGAGGAACGCAAAGUCCCCAGCGUGGAGGAGGUGGAGAAGUAA